GCGAAAACGCGGAAGUGCUCCACCACUGUGAGAGAAAAAUGGCAGCCUACAGGUACGGCUACUCAGCUGUGCUGUUUAUUCUUUGUGGUUUGUCAGUGUUUCUCGUCACCAAUGGUCAAGAAACGAUACUAACGGGCGAUGACGGUGCCGCCGCGGUCGACAGUCCACAAACAGUCACCGAAACAGCGGAACAAACGGCCGAGCAGCCCGCGGUGGAAGAGAGGCAGUGGGAAGUGACCGAGGUUGAAGAGGCGAGUCCGGAUGAAGCUGCAGCCGACAAACAGGACGCUUCUGCUCCUGAAACCCUGGUCCCACCGUCGGUGCCACGACCCAAGGAUGAUUUUCAGGAGGAACUGGUCAUCAGACCGCUGCACUCAGGAGAUAUUUAUGCCAGCUUCCAGUUCCGCACCUUGUGGGAAACUGAUUUCAUGAGAGGAAAUAAAGUCUCCCACUACCGGUUGUUCCCAAAGUCUCUGGGCCAGGUCAUCUCCAAGUUCUCAGUGCGAGAGCUGCACAUCUCCUUCACGCAGGGCUACUGGAGGACCAUGCAGUGGGGGCAGCCCUUUCUGCCGGCCCCUCCUGGGGCUGAACUCUGGGUGUGGUUCCAGGACUCUGUGACAGAUGUGGAUGGCACAUGGAAAGAGCUGACGAAUGUUUUGUCGGGGAUUUUCUGCGCUUCACUCAACUUCAUUGACUCCACCAACACUGUUCAGCCCAGUGCCUCCUUCAAACCACUGGGCAUAAGCAACGUGACGGAUCACCGCUUCCUUCGCUAUGCCACUCUCCCACGAGAGAUUGUUUGCACAGAGAAUCUGACACCCUGGAAGAAACUCUUGCCAUGUGGAACCAAGGCUGGCCUCGCUGUCCUGUUGAAGUCAGAGAAACUCUUCCACAGCAGUUUUCAUUCCCAGGCGGUGCACAUCAGACCCGUGUGCGAGGACUGGCAGUGCAAAACCACAUCCUGGGAGCUGCGACAAACGCUGAGUGUGGUCUUUGACCUGCACACCUCUGGACAGGGCAAACGAGAGUGGUCUCUGUUCAAGAUGUUCUCUCGGACCCUGACAGAUGCUUGUCCACUGGCUUCCUCAAGUAAAGUCUAUAUUGACAUCACAGACAACCCUGAGGGGGAGCAGUUUGAGCUGAUCCCAGCCACUCCCCUGCUGAGCCAGGCAGUGGUGUUGGGGGACAGACGGACCUUCUCCGUCUACGAUCUGACCCAACAAAUCACCUUUGGCGCCGUGCGCUCCCUCAACCUGCUGAUCCGCUGGAAAUCCACAGAGGGUGACAUGCUUCGCCCCCUGCUCCACGGCGAGCGUUACGUGGCCGGUUAUGGGCUGCAGACGGGAGAGAUUCACACGCUGAUGUACAACAACCACCCAUACAGGUCUUUCCCUGUGCUGCUGCUAGAUUCAGUGCCCUGGUAUCUUCGUCUCUACAUCCACACCCUCACCGUCACCAGCAAGGCAAAGGACAACAAGCCUAGCUACAUCCACUAUCAGCCGUCCAAGGACCGUGUGAGGCCCCACCUGCUGGAGAUGCUGGUCCAGCUUCCUCCCAACUCCGUCACUGAGGUCACUGUGCAGUUUGAGAGGGCUCUGCUCAAAUGGACUGAAUACACCCCUGAUCCCAACCAUGGCUUCUAUGUCGGGUCUUCAGUACUCAGCUCUCUCGUACCAAGUAUUGUUGCCAUGGACACAAACAGCACACAGGAACGCCCGCUUUUCAGCAGCUUUUUUCCCUGUAAGGAGGAGUCCAGCUACUUUGUGCGCGUCUACACAGAACCUCUCCUGGUCAACUUGCCAACUCCAGACUUCAGCAUGCCUUACAAUGUCAUCUGCCUGACCUGCACUGUGGUGGCUGUGGGCUACGGCUCCCUCUACAACCUGCUAACCCGGAGCUUCCAGAUAGAAGAGCCCAGUCUGGGAUUGGCCAAGCGGAUAGCCAACAUCAUCCGCAAGAUGAGGGGUGUGCCGCCACUCUGAGGCUGGACACCAGAGCCAACUGGCUCUGUUUUUAGAAUGGAAGCGUUUCCUUUUGGUGAAACCACUGGUAAACACGUGAUAUUCAGGGAAGAACUGAGUCAAAGCACUGGUGUGAAUUUUGACUAUAUGAACAGUCAACUUGAUGUUUUUGUUUGCAAAUGGAAGGGGAUGAAUAACUCGUCAGAACAUUUAUGUAUUCAGGAUUAUUUCCUGCUGGCUAAGGACAAAAAACGUGGACUUUUUACUACUUUGGAGCUUUGUUGUUGUUUGACAAGUAAAAGUAGCCAAAGCUGUGGGGUAUGCAGCAGUGGUAAUGGAGUGGUUUUUAUUUAAUUGCUUUGUUUUGUGAAUGCUUGAAGCCAUAACUCCACUACAUUAUUUUAUAUCCACGCUGUCAAUGAGGCAUUUUGUUACUGUGAGGAAACUCUGGAAAAAUUUUGUUUCUACAAAUACGAGACUGCACCAGGAAGCCUCUUGAGUUUAGAUCACCUUUGGUCUCAUACUGCGUUCCUGACCUGCUGAUUCCCAUCUCCCUGCAAGGAAUUAGGAUUAAGAAAAUGACCCUUUAAGUUAGAGUGACUCAGUCAGAAUGUCACAUUUUAUCAAAUCUCAGGAAUGACAGGACAUUAAACUCUGAAAAACUGGGUUUCCCACAGCCAAGCAUAUUAUACACAGCAUUAAGGUGGAACUAUGGAACAUCCAGAAGUAUUUCCUCUUUAUUUAAAGUUCCAGAUGUAUUUAUCUGACACAUGUUCUGCAGUAGUUUUGAUAUAUGAAAAAUGAACACAUGCCCACAAAAAAAGUGGCCAAAACCAACGUUUUAGUUUGACAUGCCCCUAAGCGACCACAUUACUCGUCUGGAACUACUUAUCGUAUAAAAAAGGAACAGCCCUCAUACCAAACAUUUAUUUUGCACUCUAUUGGAUGCAUGCUUGAAUGUUAAAUGCGAUUGUCUUGAAAAUUAAUUGCCUUUAGUUUUUAACUCCCUCACUCAUCAGUUCAAUGCAGUUUCAGUGUGUCAUGUAGCGAGUAUAAGUUCUGCUUGUCUGACUAAAAGUCCAUUCUGUUUCACUCACAGUUAAAAAGUCCGCUGAAUGUGAGUGAUUGAAUGUGUGUGUGUCAAAACUUUAAUGUUCUUUAUUGCCUUUUAAAUAAACGGCCAAAUGUCUUUUUGA